GCGCGGGCGGGCGGAGGCGGCCGCUGCGGGUGUUGUUAUUCUCGUCAGCGGCGCUGCUUCCUUUUCCCGCCAGGGGGUCGAGGGGCGGCAGGCGCUGCCCCCGGCCAUGGUCCCUCGCCCGUCGCCUCUGAGGCAGCAGGGAGCAGAGCGGCCGCCAUUGCCGGAGGGGGCUGCGAGGCGGCGGCGGGAGGAUGGACGCUGACGAGGUGACCAUCCGCGAGCAGAACUUCCACAGCCAAGUGCGGGAGUACACGAUCUGUUUUCUUCUGUUUGCUAUCCUGUAUAUUGUUUCCUACUUCAUUAUCAGAAGAUACAAGAGGAAAGCAGAUGAGCAAGAAGAUGAGGAUGCUAUUGUCAACAGAAUUUCGCUGUUCUUGAGUACCUUUACUCUUGCCGUUUCAGCUGGUGCCGUCCUCCUUCUUCCUUUCUCAAUAAUCAGUAACGAGAUCCUGCUUUCUUUUCCGCAGAGCUACUAUAUUCAGUGGUUAAAUGGCUCCCUGAUUCAUGGCUUAUGGAAUCUUGCUUCCCUCUUUUCCAAUCUUUGCUUGUUUGUGUUGAUGCCCUUUGCUUUCUUCUUUCUGGAGUCCGAAGGCUUUGCUGGCUUGAAAAAGGGGAUCAAAGCGCGCAUUCUGGAGACUCUUGUUAUGCUCCUUCUUCUUGCACUGCUUAUCCUUGGAAUUGUGUGGGUGGCUUCAGCUCUCAUAGACAAUGAUGCGGCGAGUAUGGAGUCUUUGUAUGAUCUUUGGGAAUUCUACCUCCCUUAUUUAUAUUCCUGUAUAUCACUGAUGGGAUGUUUAUUACUUCUAAUAUGCACACCAGUGGGACUUUCACGAAUGUUUACAGUGAUGGGUCAGUUGCUUGUAAAACCAACGAUCCUUGAAGACCUGGAUGAACAGAUAUACAUAAUUACCUUAGAAGAAGAAGCCAUCCUGAGGAGGCUAAAUGGUGUAUCUUCUCCCAUGGAGUAUAAUACAAAGCAGCUGGAACAGGAACUUAACAAUGUGAAGAGCAUGAAGAUAAAAUUGGAACGGCGGAAAAAGGCUUCUGCCUGGGAGAGGAAUCUUGUGUAUCCAGCCGUAAUGAUACUCCUGCUAAUUGAAACGGCCAUUUCAGUCCUUUUAGUUGCUUGCAAUAUUCUUUGCCUGUUGGUUGAUGAAACUGCAAUGCCAAAGGGAUCAAGGGGGCCUGGCAUAGGAAAUGCCUCUCUGUCCACAUUUGGUUUUGUGGGAGCAGCUCUUGAAAUCAUUUUGAUUUUCUAUCUUAUGGUCUCCUCUGUCGUCGGCUUCUAUAGCCUGCGUAUUUUUGGAGAUUUCACUCCCAGAAAGGAUGACACAACCAUGACAAAGAUAAUUGGAAACUGUGUUUCCAUCUUAGUCCUCAGUUCAGCGUUGCCAGUUAUGUCAAGAACCCUGGGCAUUACCAGAUUUGAUCUCCUUGGAGACUUUGGAAGGUUUAACUGGUUAGGAAACUUCUACAUUGUGUUAUCCUACAAUCUGCUCUUUGCUAUUAUGACAACCCUGUGUCUCGUCAGAAAGUUCACUUCUGCAGUUAGAGAAGAACUCUUCAAAGCAUUGGGUUUAGACAAACUUCACCUCUCACACAACACAAGAGACUCUGAGGCAGCAAAGCCCUCUGCAAAUGGGCAUCAGAAAACACUGUGAAAAACAGUUGGUGGAGCUGAACCUUUUCAUCUUCAUGACAUUCCUGUCGUUUCAUCACACGUUUUUUGGUUGCUUUUGUUUGUAUAUUGGGUCCAAGUUGAUAAAAAUGCAACCAAGAGAGCUGGAUGCAUCAGACUGCAUUUGUGUCUUACUCAGAUGGGUCUGUUUUAAUUUCUCAGUCAGCUGGUACAGAGAUGUCUAGAAAUUGUAAAGAAAACUUCAUUCCUCUUUGAACCGAUCUCUGUUGUCUUGUCAGCAGACCAGGCAAGGAAUCUUCUGUGCAUAAAUAUGUGGCUGAAGAGUGAGGUGAGAUCUGUUGGAGCGUCUAAGAUGAGCCGUGUUGAUUGUCAGUGGCAAACCUUCUAUCAGUUGCUGCUUUCCCAUUAAUCAUGAAAACUGACAGCUGGAGGAGUGCAGAAAGUUCCAGGAUUGAUGCAUUAACCUGAUUGGUUUGCACCAUCACGUCUAAGAUACCAGCGGUUCUUAGUCAUAAAUGAUAAGCUGCCCUGGAGUUAUCCCUAAGCAGGACUUCUUUCACAGCUAGUGAGACACAAUAAUCUCACACCACAAUGCUAAAUCUGAGCCUAGUAAACAAAGUAAUUUGGUAGACCUGUGAUCAUUAUGGAAAAGGGAGAUGUUAGCAACAUGGCAGCCGUGCACACAACAGUAUGCAUAGAACACGCAGUGGGUUUUCUCUGUGAUAUGUUGCUCCCAGGCAUAGACAAUGAGGAGGUGGCAGUUGCAUAGAGAUUUUAUGUUGACAGACUCACAGGUAGGAAACCACACUCCUUCCACCCAGGUAAGCACAGUGCAUUCUAGCUCAGUGGAACAAGCCACUUUUUCCAUUAAGUCCCAGACUACAUGUAUACCUGCAUACUUUAUGAAACCUGGAAUAAUCCAACAAGCAGAUCACGUACUUCAUUUUUUUGUGCGUGUGAGAAAAUUUAAUUCCCAUUUAGGGGCUUAGUUUAAGGUCACACUAAAAGACUGUGCAGUUUGAUGGUGUCUCAUGCUAGUUUACAAAUUUGUGUGCAUGCAAGAAGCUGAAGGAAGUUAAAAGUGAACUUGUUGGCUAACAUUCUGUGAAUGAAGAUGAGUCAAUUGUACAGGCUAGUGUAACUAUUCAGUUUGCGUCUUUGCUGAAAGAUAGUCACUGUUGGAUGGUGAAGGGACUCUAGUUCCAUAGAUUAGGACAUUGUUUCACUUAGAUUAAUUGAAACUUGCAACAUUUAAUGUUUCACCUCAUUUGAAAAUGUCAAUAUUAUGUUAAACUCAGCAAAUCCCGGGCCACUGAUUCACAUUGGGUCAUGGUGUGUGGUGCAGUAUUCAGAUUAGUCUAAUAGAGUAUCUAGCUCUUUAAAAAAAUUUAAAAGUUGCUAGUUUUGUUAACAGUUUCUCCACUACUCAGCUUCGUUACAGAGUUCUCGGACAUCAGAAAUGUCAUACAUUCCACAGACAUUUUAUUGCAAAUCUUGCAUUAUAAGUUUUGGAAGAUAUUGUUUGGACUAAAUAUGUAUCAGUGAUUUUACUGACAUCACUAAUGGAAGUGGUAAAUACAGCACAUGCAGAAGUACCUUUAUGAAAUGGGACCUAGCACCUGGGAUCAGUUGUGACUGGCUAUUUGCCAUGGUGGAAGCAUGUACAAUAUACAAGCUACAAUAUAACCUGUCCAUUCCUUGUGCUGAAACAUUGAAGAGUAGUAAUCAGGCUUGGGUAUCACUUGCCAUGAUUAAUCUUUUCAUUUUAAAAUGUUGCAGUGUUCCUUGCUGUGGGACAUGGAUGCAUUUCAGUGACAUCUAUGCUUAACAUGACAUUAUGACACGUGCUGGUAGGCAUAUCAUAGUAGGUUAAUAAGUAACAUGACUACAGAAAAUAAGUGAAUUCUGCUGAGUAUACAGAUGCCCACACACACCUUUGGUUGGCAAAUGGACUCAACCAUCAACCAGCUUACCCCCAUAACUGCUGCUGUUACUACAUGCUUGGAUUCAACCUUCACUGAGGUUUGAGGGAAUUUGCAAUUCUAUUAUUACCCUGCUUUGGAUAAGAUUCACAGAAUGUAUGAUUGUGAAUUUAAUGGUUUCGUCUUAGGAACUUGUUUACUUUUGAAUUCAGCUAUGCGAGGACUGCAAAGACCACUAAGGCUAUUACUAGAUUGGUUUUGAAAAUCUAAUUGCAGCUGGAGUGUGGAAGAGACUUCUGUCAGCUAUAAUAUCAUAAAUGUACUGAAUGUUUUUCUCUAUGGGGAAAAUAGCUCCUGGGGUGCCUCACUGUGAUUUGAGUUGGGGAAAAGGUUAACCUGCCUUACCCGUUGCCACAAUCUCAUCUGUAUCUUUCCCAUCCCCACCUACUAAUGUUUUUAAAAACUAUGGAAGAUCUGAUUCCAGAUCUCCUGUCAAUACUUCUAGUAUGGCUCAGAAGGGGAAGUAUGGUUGAAACAUCCACAUUUUUCAUGUGCAGCAAGUUGGUUUUGAAAAGAUUUGUAAUUACACAUAAUAAAUGCAGUUGGAGAGUAUGGGGAGAAAUAGUCUGAGUAAGUCCACUGGAAACUACUCCAGAAUACAUUCGCAGUCAUUUAAAUAGGGUAUGUUAGAGGGGAAGCAAUUCCUUGGGAACUUUGCCUUCAAAGCACCCUGAAAUUGGUUAGCAUUCAUAGAACGUGAUGUAGUCAAAAAGGUUUCCUAAAGUGCUUUUUAUAGUGAAGGUUCUGUCAUAACUGUAAUUUCUGGAGUCAGGUAUGCUGUUCGCCCUAUGUAUUGUCCACAGAUAUCUGCCCCCUCUCACCAGGAAAUUUCCUUUGUCUCAACUAGAGACAUGGGAAGAUACAUUCUGAAUCUCUCUAGUGUGUGUUGGAAAAUUUAAGGCAAACUCUAGGUAUUCUGUCCACCCCCCGCUCCUAGGUAUACAUAAAAUCAUGAUGGAAUGGAUACUCAAACAUACACAUUUUAAAAGGCUUAAAUGCAAUUAAGCAGACGCAGUAAUUCACUGAUAGAUAUUGGCAAUGCAUUUCUAGUGGUUUGACUCAUAUUAGAGUCAAGUGUUCUGUACCUUUUUAAGGUAUAAAAAGCUUUUCAGACAACCAUCUGCCUCAUUUAUUAUGAGGCCAAAGCACAAAUAUGCUUUUAUUUUACGAACUAAGUAUAUAUCAAAUCAGACCAAAACAGUGUAUGUGAAUUGUGAGCCGCUGUUUGGCUUUCUCCUCUGUUGGUAGCACGGUGUGUUAAUGAACAGAGACAGAACUGUUGGCAAAGUUUGAGCACAUCCUUAUUGAGCUUUUUAAGAUAAGCUCAAGUUGACAUAGGUUACUUUAGGAGUAGCCAUGGUUUUGGAUUCAUGAAACACUUUGUUUACAGAUUGUAAUGUGAUGUUUAUCUUUCUCCACUUUCUCCCGUAUCUUUUACAAAGAUGGCUGUUUUACAGUGUCAAUUAAAGGAUUUAACAAGA